GGCGCAACAAACCACAACAAAGCCACAAAGCAACAACAGCACCAACAACCACCACCAUCAUGGCGGAUGUGCGGAGGAAGAAGGUGGUGGGCAGCAGCACGACGAGCAGAGGCACCAGUGGCAGUUCAGCCAAAUCAUCGCCGUCGGCGGGCACAACCUCAGCGUCAGCAAGGAGCAGAACCACAAGGCCAACCAGUGCAAUGAAGACACGCACAAGCACAGGCAGCGCCAGCAGUGGCAGCAGCAAUGCCACAACCACCACAAGCAGCAGCUCAGCCACCAUUGCAAAGAAGAAGAAAAAAAAGAAGGAGGAUGCCUUGCCGACCGACCCCGUCGCUCGUGCUCGUGCUUUAAGGGCCGCCCGCCAAGUCCGCCCAGGGAGUGCCACUUCCGCAGCAAAGUCGAAGCGCACGAGCUCCAGCUCAUCCACAGGCUCCUCAAAGUCUCGCCCGUCCACUGCCAAAUCAUCGCUUGGAUCACCAGCCCGCAAGGGCGUGGAUCGCACGCAAGGCGCACGGCCAAGGCGCGACCAUCUCGCCAAGAAGAAAAAGGGGCUUGACAACCGUCUGAAGAGCUUCCAGGACGGGUCACGUACUGUGGCGCGUCGCUCCCCCGCCAAGCGCGUCAUGUCUCAGGACAGCUCGCAGCCGGGGAGCGAGGCUGCCUCUGGUGCAACGUCUCCGCAGGCGGUGGAGGGCAGAGGGCCAACACCGCACACCGCAGACAAGGGCGAACAGAACAACAACGACAACGACGACGACAACAACACAGAGUCGUGGCGGGCGGUUGUGGACGAUGGCGAGGACUGGUUUGACGCAAUCAAGCGACGCGAGCAGGAGAAGAAGGCAGAGGAAGAAAGGAAGCGGCGGGAGGCAGCGGAGGCGGCGCGUAAGGCGGAGGCCGCAAAGGCAAAGGAGGAGCGCGAGCGGAAGAAACGCGAGACAGAAGAGCAGCAGAAGAGAAUUCUCGGCGAAAAGCGACUCGCCGAAGAGAAACGACGCCAAGAAGCAAAACUUCGACGGGAGACGCACGCCGCAGAGCAACAGGCGCGUCUGGACUCCAUCCGCCAGCGCACACUCGACGCACAGCGCGCCAUUGCAGAGGUGGCCGACAAGUCCGGCAUGGAGGACCUCAUGAAGCGACGGCAGGAGCGCCAGUCCGCAAGACAACGGCACGCCCAGCGCAAGGCGAAGCUGGAGGCCAUCAUCAACCGUGUCAAGACGUCGUCGCAUGACCACGCAGAACACGACGAUGCACACGAUGGUGGCGAGGGCGACGAGGUGACAGACACCGUUGACGACACAGCUGUUGUGGACGAUGGUCAUGGUGGCGAGGAUGUGGGUGAUGCUAGUAGAGAGGAGAAUGAUGAUGAUGAUGGUGAUGAUGAUGAUGAUGUGGAUGAUGUGGAUGAUGAUGACGACCACGAUGUCGAUCAGAGUGAUGGUGAUGCGGACGCGGUCACACACGACGAUGAUGAGACAGCCCCACACGAUGACGAUGACGAGACAGCCCCACACAAUGACGAUGAUGAUGAUGAUGAUGAUGAAGCUUGAUUUAAGUCACGCUCAUGUCGGCUUGCGUUUGUCUCUCUUCGCUGUACCCUCUCUACUCUUCUCUGGAUCUUUCUUGCACGUGAUUUGUGACGAAUUUCAUUUCGCAUUACACGCCAACACACGCCAAUGCCACGGCAACUUUUCGCGGCGGCAAUCUAGUCC